AUGCCUCUAGUACCCCCGUCGGAAGCAGAGAUAUUGGGACAAUCAAAGCACAAAACGGUCCGCUUUUCUCACAUCGUUGCUAUCAUUGCGUCUCUAGCGACCUGGGCAUAUGCCCUCCUCUCCUUCACUCAGCCCGUCGCCAACUACAAAUGGCCGACGCAGUUCGUGCGGAGCGCACAAGCCAACCUCCAGGUUAUCGUGCAGGGUUCUGGCCCUACAGUCGAUAUAAUCCCCUCGUACGGACGAGACGGUAGCGAUGAUUUCGACUACUUCAGCUCUGCGCUCGCCGCCGCGGGCUUCCUCGUCCUCCGCCCCCAGCCCCGCGGCACAUUCGAGUCCACUGGCCCAAUGACAAACGUUACGCUCGAAGACCUAGCGGCAGACAUCAUCUCCGUCAUCGACACACUCGGUGGCGGCGAAGCAAUCGUCAUCGGCCAUGCCUUCGGCACGUUUUUGACAAAAUUCAUCGCUAUGCCGUAUCCUGAAAAAGUAUCUUCGAUUGUCGUCGCCGCACCAGGGGGAAUCAAUCUUCCUACAAGCGUUGAGAACAUGCCAUUUAUCGCUGGUAACGCUUCGCUUCCUCUAGCUGAGACGCUGGACGCGCUGAAGACCGCGUUCUUUGCACCAAACCAUGAUGCCCAUUUGUGGCUUGAUGGGUGGUACACCGACGUUCUGGUUAUGGAGCAUGGCGCGGUGGAGGCUUACGGGAGCUUAACGUCGCAAUGGGGCGGGGGAAAUGACACACAGGUGCUUGAGAUUAUUCCUGCCGACGAUCCGUUCCAGCCAAAGAGCGAGUGGAACGUGACGACUAGUUUGUAUCCUGACCGGGCUACCUCUGUUGUUAUCCAUGAUGCUUCCCAUGCUCUGUUUCCCGAGCAAGGUUGUGCUGUUGUUGAUGCUGUUCUGCCGUGGCUCAAGUUGCAGAGCGCGAAGUUGAGGUGA